AGCUAACCAAUAGAGUUACACAAAGUAACCCUAGAGAAAGGUUAGGGUUUUUUUAUUCCUCAUUUCCUCCUUCCUCAAAUACCUUUUUUUUUCCUUGUCUGGGGCUAAGUUUUACAGGAUUAGGGACUUUCUCAAGAAUUUUCACUCCAGGUGAGGAAAAACAGAUAAUGUUCUCUGUUCAGAUGGAGGGCUGGCCCUGGCGUGGCUCGAAUUGUUAAAUCCUGCCUGCGGAAUGAAGUGUGACAACAUGAUAUCAUCAGUGAUUUUGUUUAUUCUCAGUGCACAUUGUGCUGGAGUUAACUGGAGAAAGACAUCUGUAGGCUUCAGCAAGUUCUGGAAAAUGGCUUGCCGGAAAGGAGUCUGCCAGACAAUCUACCCUGAUGCACUCUGGGUCAGUCGGCCCCGGAGUCACUUCUUAGGCAUCUUCACUGGCAAACUUCCAAGAGCCAGAUGUAGAAGAAGAUGUGUUCCAUCGACUAGUCCGAACAGCCUGUAUUCAGGUUAAUUACCAUCUUUAUGGUAACUAUACUGGUAGAAUGAAGUGUCAUUAACAUUGGUGUAGUGCUUUACAGUUUACAAAGCAGUUUCACAUAGUAUCUAGCUUGUAAUAAAUUUCCAGAAGAUCUGACCAAAUGCAAAAUCGCCUUUUGGACAGAUCUCUAUUUUUUUUAAGCUCCCAUCUGCCCCUCCGUGUAGUGGGGUUGACCAGGGUUCAUGUUCAAGUGUUGUUGUUCAGACCCAAGGAAACGUCCAUGUCACCUUCCACGUUGGUGUCCUGACUUGUGCAGCACAAUUUAAGGCACAAUCAGGUGCUCAGCAAGUAUUCAUUUAGUGAUUAAAACAGGUUGAGCUCAAGAAUGAUAUAGUUGGAGUCAGAAGACUUCGUAUCUAUGAGUUCCAACUCUGACACUUUAUCACAUGUGCCCUUGGGCAGGAACUGGAGUGUCCCACACAUUGCUGGGGGUCAAAGAGCACCAAGCAUGGAUGAGGUACUCAGCCAAUGGCAUUGAUCGAAGAAAAGGACAGACUAAAGUAGUAUGUAAAUGGUUCUUGUAAGUCCAUAAAUCCCCAUGCUGCCAAGGUCACCAGAGAGUUUCAGGGUUCUCUCAGCUCAUCACUGCCCUUCUCAAUGGCUAUCUAAAACUACGCUAUGCCUAGAUGGGUCACAGCCUUUUGCCGUUUAAUUCUAAACGGUGAUGGCUGUGAGAAAAGGCAUGAAAAAACAAAGCUGCCCUCUGCCCCUUGCUUGCCAAGACCCCUGUUCUUUCAGAAAUCCCCGGCCUUCUUGAGAACGACAUAGUAGUUUCCUCCAAGGAUUGGCAGCCUCUUUCUGUCUCGAUGAGAGAUGUAAUUUCCCCUUUACAAAGGGAUUGGGUGAAGGGCUGCUGAGAAGAGGGUGUGACCGGCAUGUCACUCAGUCGCCCAGGAUGCAGGGUUGUUUCUUAAAGAAUCCUGUUCACAGAACUAAGCUGAAAGGGGAGGAGAAGACCUGCGAGCCAGGCUUCUUGGGAAGGGAAGUCCAGAAGCCCCCAAGAGGCCAUCAGUGGUCCAACUUCUGUGUAAGACUCAGCUGCAGUAAGGAAGAGCGGAAGAGCCCGAAACUGGAAAGCUUUCCAGGAGAUAUAGGAGAAAGAAUUUUCAUGGUAACAGACAUAGCCUUUCUAAAAAUUCAAACAAUGCAGAAAAGUAUAAAAGAAGAAAGAAAAAGCCACCCCAAAUUCCAUCUGCCAGGGAAGCCGUGUGGGGAAUUUGAACCAUUUAGAAGAUGGCAGCCAAGCGGACAGAGCCUGUCACCAUCAUUAGCCUUCGGGAGUUGAACCUGGGGACCCCAGAGCCACAGCCAAAAGAGUCAAAGACAUUCACCGUGGAAGAUGCCGUGGAGACCAUUGGAUCCGGAUGUUUCCACGUUGCCCUCUUUCUGAUCGUGGGCAGCACGGGGGUCGCUGAGGCCAUGGAGAUCAUGUUAAUAGCGGUUGUGCCUCCUGUCAUCCGCUGUGAAUGGCAGCUGGAGAAUUGGCAGGUGGCGUUAGUGACCACGAUGGUGUUUUUCGGCUACAUGGUGUUCAGCAUCCUCUUUGGCCUCUUGGCUGACAGAUAUGGCCGCUGGAAGAUUUUGCUCAUCUCGUUCCUGUGGGGAGCCCACUUCUCCUUGCUGACCUCAUUCUCUCCCUCGUACAUCUGGUUUGUCUUCCUGCGGACGAUGGUGGGCUGUGGCGUGUCUGGCCAUGCCCAAGGGCUAAUCAGAAAGACUGAAUUUUUGCCUACAAAAUAUCGAGGCUAUAUGCUCCCCUUGUCUCAGGUUUUCUGGCUCGCGGGCUCCCUGCUCGUCAUCGGCCUGGCUUCCGUGGUCAUCCCCACCAUCGGGUGGCGCUGGCUCAUCCGCAUCACCUCCAUCCCUGGCGUCGUCCUCACCGUGGCCUUCAUGGUAACCAAGCUCAUGGGCUCCCUCUUGGCCUCCCCUCCAGCUGGCCCAGUGGCCUUGUUGCCCCACAGAUAUCUCUCUCAUGUCCACCUCUCUCCUUAUUUUAUUCCUGAAUCUGCUCGGUUCAAUGUCUCUACCGGGAACACUCAGGCUGCCCUGGUUACACUGGAGCGCAUCGCCAAGAUGAACCGCUCAGUCUUGCUGGAGGGGAAGCUGGUGGAGCCCAUCCUGGAAAAAAGAGGAAGAUUUACAGACCUAUUGGAUGCUAAAUAUUUAUGGACCACGUUACAGAUCUGGGUCGUAUGGCUGGGCAUCUAUUUCGCCUACUAUGGGGUCAUCCUGGCCAGUGCGGAGCUGCUGGAGCGGGACCUGGUCUGUGGCUCACGGUUAGAGCUGGAGGUAGUGGUGACCGUAGGGGUCUCGGAGGAGAGCCAGAGCCCCUGCCACUGCCAGGUGUUUGCCCCUUCUGACUACCAGACCAUGAUUAUCAGCACCAUUGGCGAAAUUGCUCUGAAUCCUUUAAAUAUCCCGGGCAUUAAUUUCCUGGGAAGACAGCUGAGCCUUUCUAUUACCAUGGGAUGUACAGCUUUAUUCUUCCUUCUCCUUAAUAUUUGCACUUCAAGUGCCGGCCUCAUCGGCUUCCUCUUCAUGCUGAGGGCUUUGGUGGCGUCCAACUUCAACACCAUCUAUAUUUACACCGCUGAGGUCUACCCCACAACGAUGCGCGCUUUGGGGAUGGGGACCAGUGGAUCCCUGUGUCGCAUUGGUGCGAUGGUGGCGCCAUUUAUAUCCCAGGUUCUCAUGAGUGCAUCAUUUCUGGGAGCCUUGUGUCUUUUCUCAUCUGUCUGUGUUGUGUGUGCCAUUUCUGCAUUUACUCUCCCUAUUGAGACCAAAGGACGGGCCCUACAGCAACUUAAUAUAGACCUGAAAACCUGUGUCUACCAAAGAAGAAAAAUAUAUUUUCAUCUUCACGAAGAGCUGUGGCACAUUUAAAAACAAACACCUGGCUUGGGACUUGCCUGGUGGAACAGUGGUAAGAAGCCACCUGCCAAUGCAGGGGACAUGAGUUCAAGCCCUGGUCCGGGAAGAUCCCACAUGCCAUGGAGCAACUAAGCCCCUGUGCCACAACUACUGAGCCUGUGCUCUAGAGCCUGUGAGCCACAACUACUGAAGCCUGUGCACCUACAGCCCGUGCUCCGCAACAAGAGAAGUCACCGCAAUGAGAAGCCCGUGCACCGCAAUGAAGAGUAGCCCCCGCUCGCUGCAGCUAGAGAAAGCCCGUGCACAGCAAUGAAGACCCAACACAGCCAAAAAUAAAUAAAUAAAAUUUAUAAAAAUAUAAAUUAAAAAAAUAAAAACACCUGAUUUAAUUUCAGUACACUACUUGGUAGUUAAGAAAUUGAUUAUGUAUUUUUGAAAAAUAAGACACAUGAGAAUGCAGUAGGUUAGCUGUAUAUAUUGUCUCAGGGAAGAGAUCAAUAGAGGACUUUUAUAAAAUAUGUAAGUUGGCAAAGUGUACCUAGGAGGGAUGGGUAGGGGGAAGGUGGCUUUCCUUCCUUGGUGUCAAGUCUGUUCAUGUUUAUAUGAAUAUGUAAUAAAUAUCAGACAAAACAUAUA